AUUCUAUAUAACUUUCCACUUCCAGCCCCAAACUUUUUUCAAUAUAUUUUUCUUUUCUCUCCCUCAUUGAGCACUCCCACCUUCCCCGCUUUUGCAACGCAACAUCAGAAAACAAACAUGAAUUCCAGUCUUCGAAAAGUAGCUCUCGUCGGCGGCUCCGGCCACCUCGGACCCUCGAUCCUCCAAGCCCUCCAAUCCGACCCAACCACCUUCGACGUAACAGUAAUCUCGCGGCACUCCUCCCAAGCCCUCUUCCCGCCCUCCACAAAAGUCCUCAGAGUCAGCGACGACUACCCGCCCGACGAAAUGGUAUCCGCGUUCCGCGGGCACGACGCAGUGGUGCUCUCCCUAAACUUCGCCGCGGAAUUCCAGCACCAUUCCGCGCUGGUCGAUGCGUCGAUCGAGGCGGGCGUUAAGAGACUGAUCCCGUCGGUAUGGGCGGGGCGAAUCGACGUUGCGGAAGCGAGGGAGAUUUUCCCGUUGGCGGCGGUGAAGUAUGGGGUUUUGGAGUAUGUUAGACGAAGAGCGGUGGAGUGUGAGGGGUGGAGUUGGACGAGUGUUAGUACGGGGUUGUUUAGUGAUUUAUGCCUCGAAACAAACUUCUACGGCCUCGACCCAUCCACCCACACGGCCAAAAUCUGGGGCGACGGCACCGCAAAGUUCUCAGCUACAACGCACGACUCCAUCGGCCUCGCCGUCGCCGCGAUCCUCAAAUCCCACCCCGCUGAAACGAAAAACAAAGAUGUGUAUAUAUCGUCUUUCGACAUCUCGCUCAACGAUCUGCUCGCCGCGUACAAGUCCGCUACGGGGGUAUCGGACUGGACCAUCAACACCGGAGACGUGGACGAAGGGAUUGAAGAAGCGAAACGUGUUCAUGCUACCUCGAGUGAUGUGAUGGAGAAGAUGCGGGCGAUGGGUCUUUUGGGGCUGCUUGUUGGGUUGAAGGAGGGGCUUGGGGCGGAUUUUACGGCGGCGGGGGUGGUGGAUAAUGAGAUGUUGGGGGUGCCGAGGGGGGAUCUUGAACAGGCUGUUGUGAGGGCUUUGAAGAAGUGA